AAGAAAAAAAUCCUACUUUUUUUCCUUUCUUCUUCCUUUUUCCACCCUUUCACAAUGUCUCUCUCCAUCUUCCUCCUCUGGCUUGUUAGCAUCCCUCUCUUAUCCCAUUCACUUCCUGCUCCUAGAGGUUUUCCUUUAAGCUGUGGUUCAUCGAGUGAGAUAACUCAAGGAAACAUCAAAUACAUUCCAGAUGAAGGAUACAUAUCAGUAGGAAACAAAACAACCAUCAAAACACCUGGUUUACUACCUCUUUUAUCUACAUUGCGAUAUUUUCCUGAUGCAUCAGCUCGAAAAUAUUGCUACGUAUUUCCAACAGUCAAAGGAGGGAAAUACUUAAUUAGGACUACUUAUUACUAUGGAAGCUUUGAUGGAGGGAAAACACCGCCGGUUUUCGAUCAAAUUGUGCAGGGAAAUAAAUGGGGAACUAUUAAUACAACAGAAGAUUAUACCAAUGGACUUAGUACAUAUUAUGAAAUUAUUGUGCUUUCUAUGUCCAGAGAACUUAGUGUUUGUCUUGCAAGAAAUAACGAAACGACAAGUAGUCCUUUUAUAUCAGCUCUUGAAGUGGAAAAUCUUGAUGACACAAUGUAUAAUUCAACAGAUUUUUCUAACUAUGCACUUGCUACUCUUGCUAGACAUUCUUUUGGAUAUCUAGAAUACAUUGGCUUUCCAGAUGAUCCAUACAACCGGCUAUGGCAACCAUUCUUGGACCAGAACCCAAUAGUAGAAAGUCACUCAAGUGUAACUAGCACAGAUUUUUGGAACUUCCCUCCAAUGAAAACAUUCACAACUGCAAUCACAACAAGCAGAGGAAAGACAAUCAAUCUCUGGUGGCCGGCAGUGUCACUUCCGAGCACAAAAUACUACAUUGCACUCUAUUUUCAAGAUAACCGGACGCCAAGUCCAUUCAGUUGGAGAGUAUUCAGUGUGUAUGUGAAUGGAAAGAUUUUUUAUGAAAAUCUUAAUGUAUCAACGAAAGGUGUAACUGUUUGUGCAUCAGAAUGGCCUCUUUCAGGGAAGACUGAAAUUACCUUGACUCCUGGUAAGAAUAUUCCUGUCGGACCCAUAAUUAAUGCUGGUGAAGUCUUUCAGAUUUUGCCUUUUGGUGAAAGGACUCUUACAAGAGAUGUGAUGGCUAUGGAGGAUUUGGCUCGAAACUUUGACAAUGCGCCUCCCGAUUGGAAAGGUGAUCCGUGCUUGCCUAAUAACAACUCAUGGACUGGAGUUUCUUGUUCUAAAGAUAAACUGCCCAGAAUUGUCUCUUUGAAUCUUACAAAAAUGGGAAUCUCUGGGUCUAUAGCUCCAGGCAUAGCCAAUUUAACAGCACUCACUCACAUUUUGCUAGGAGAGAACAAACUCUCAGGUGCUAUUCCAGACAUGAGCUCAUUGAAUGAACUACAAAUUCUGCACUUGGAGGACAACCAGCUUGAAGGAUCAAUUCCUCAGUCUUUAGGUCGGCUUAAAAAGCUUCAAGAGAUAUUUCUUCAAAAUAACAAUCUAAGUGGCAGAAUCCCACCAUCACUGGAGAACGAUGACGGCAUAAAUAUUCAGGUGUGACUCCUGGUAAUCAUCUAUCUUCUUGAGUAGGCAAAAUCCAAGUGAAGCACAGAGCAGUAACAAUUUUUCCUUCAAAAGACACUUAACUAGGACGUAAUUGGCAACCAUUAGGCCUUUAAACAUACCAUUCAUGUUCUCAAUUAUGUGGAUCAAAUUAAUCAGUAGACGGAAGGAAAAGGUGUAGAUAUUUCAUCAAGUAUAAUUUUAAUCAUGCAGUAAUUGCAUUUUUUGUGAAUUUGCUGUGUACAACACUAAUGUUUUGUAUAAUGCUUUGGUGUACAAUAUGUUAUUUGUAUAUACAUAUAAGACGAUGCUAUGUAAACAAUUACAAGCUUAUUUGGAGUUUUCUGCUCUAGUGGAGCUUCCAAU